AUUGGCCACGCGCGGCGGGUGAGGCCCGCGUGACGGCGGCGGCGCGUGCGCGGGGCGGGGUGGCAGCCGGGCGCUCGGAGUCUCCGGGGGCUGCCUGCGGUGCCGCGCCGCCGCUGCGUGGCCAUGAUCCGGAACGGGCGCGGGGCGGCGGGCGGCGCGGAGCGGCCGGGCCCGGGGGAUAGGCGCCCCGUGAGGGUGUGGUGCGACGGCUGCUAUGACAUGGUGCAUUACGGCCACUCAAACCAGCUGCGCCAGGCACGGGCCAUGGGCGACUACCUUAUUGUGGGUGUGCACACUGAUGAGGAGAUCUCCAAGCACAAGGGGCCCCCAGUGUUCACCCAGGAGGAGAGGUACAAGAUGGUGCAGGCCAUCAAGUGGGUGGACGAGGUGGUGCCUGCAGCUCCCUACGUCACCACGCUGGAGACGCUGGACAAGUACAACUGCGACUUCUGUGUUCACGGCAAUGACAUCACUCUAACUGUAGAUGGCCGGGACACCUACGAGGAGGUGAAGCAGGCUGGGAGGUACAGGGAAUGCAAGCGCACACAGGGAGUGUCCACCACAGACCUUGUGGGCCGCAUGCUGCUGGUGACCAAGGCCCAUCACAGCAGCCAGGAGAUGUCCUCUGAGUACCGGGAGUACGCGGACAGUUUCGGCAAGCCCCCUCACCCGACAUCUGCCGGGAACACACUUUCCUCAGAAGGCUUCUCCCAGUGCCCUGGGGGGCGGAACCCUUGGACGGGGGUGUCCCAGUUUCUGCAGACAUCGCAGAAGAUCAUCCAGUUUGCUUCUGGGAAGGAGCCGCAGCCAGGGGAGACAGUCAUCUAUGUGGCUGGCGCCUUCGACUUGUUCCACAUCGGGCACGUGGACUUCCUGGAGAAGGUGCACAGGCUGGCAGACAGGCCCUACGUCAUCGCGGGCUUGCACUUCGAUCAGGAGGUGAAUCACUACAAGGGGAAGAACUACCCCAUCAUGAACCUGCACGAGCGCACCCUGAGCGUGCUGGCCUGCCGGUAUGUGUCGGAAGUGGUGAUCGGGGCCCCAUACGCAGUCACAUCAGAGCUCCUGAGCCACUUCAAGGUGGACCUGGUAUGUCACGGGAAGACAGAGAUCGUGCCUGACAGGGAUGGCUCUGACCCGUACCAGGAGCCCAAGAGAAGAGGCAUCUUCUGUCAGAUUGACAGCGGCAGUGACCUUACCACGGACCUCAUUGUCCAGAGGAUUAUCAAGAACAGGUUAGAGUAUGAGGCACGAAACCAGAAGAAAGAAGCCAAGGAGCUGGCCUUCCUGGAGGCCAUGAGACAGCAGGAGGUGCAGCCCUCAGCGGAGAACGAUGGCAGCUUUUGACCUGGGGCUCAGUCGUGGAGAGCCCGCAGCCGGCCCGCCCUGCCUGCCCUGCUUCUGUGCAUUGGGGUUUGGCGCUCACGGUUCUUAAGGAAGCUGCAGUGCCACCUCUCUAAUUGUCCUGGCUAGGGGGACACUGGGGUUGGCAGGGACUCGGCCUCCCACCUGCCUGCAAGGUGCCUGUUUCGCUGCAGGUGCUCAGCCCUUACCGCUAAGCUGCUCAGAGAGGGCAUCUGGCAGAGGGGAGCAGCCCAGCACACAGGACGGGCAGCGGCGGCCUGCACGUCUGUUUGCUUGCGUUCUCCAUUCUACCGCCUGCCCACCCAGCUUUGGCGGGAGGUCCAGUGCAGAGGGCUUCAGGGAGUAGUGACCCAGGGGCGCCCCCUUCUCAGGGUGCAGCCCAUGCCACCUCCCAAGUGGGUGCCCUCUGCCCCGUGGCUUGUCCCAGCGCUAGAAGCCCUACUCCCUGGCCAGCUCUGCUGCUCUCCACACGGGCUGCUCAGUCCUGCACCUCACUGGCCGCUGUCAACCUCUUCGGUACAACCUAAUAAAGCCCGGUGGGCAGUGCUGUGUCAGGCCCCGCCCUGCUGGGAAGGAUCAGGGACCCCCGUGCAUCCCUG